CAGCAUUCGAUUCUAUCAUGUAGGGAAAAAACCUUAACCUGAUGUGAAUAUCGUAAUUUAAGAGAAAACAAGUAUAUCACUGUCCGAAUAGCCGGAAAAAGCCAUAACCCCACGCUCCAGCCAGCCCCACUGUCUUUUCUCCUUUCUUCUACCAAUCUUUUUCCUCCCCAUUUUACCCUCACCUCCGAGAUCCCAUUCCCCAUUAGGUCCUCGUAAUAUUGCUCCGAAUCCAGAGGCAGUUUCCGGACAACCCAACUGAAAUCCAGACCUCUGUUACAGAACCCGAUUUUCUUCACUUUCUCCGUAUUACGGAUGUAUCUGAAUGUAAUCCAGCUCCGUUAAUAUACCAGAUGGAUUUAUGUAUUGGAUUGUAUAUUUAAAUUGGGAAUUCACAACUCAUUAUGAGGUCAUCGUCGAUGAGAUCGGAGAAUUCAGCGCCAGCCGCCUCCGCUCCGCCGCCCAAUUCUGCGAAAGAUAUGAGUUCGGGCCAGAGUAAUGUAUUUAAAUUGUUAGCUCGGAGGGAGUUAUCCCCUCAAACAAAGAAAACUCCAAAAAGAUUUUGGGUAAAGGUGACCGGUGACCAAGUUGAUUCCUGUUGCUUAAAAAGUGAAAUAGCUAAAGAUGCUAGACAAGAACUUCGAUCGUGGGCUGAAGCCGAGUCAUUACUUCACUUAUCAGCUAAGUAUUGUCCGUUACAGCCUCCACCGAGGUCUACAAUUGCAGCAGCUUUUAGUCCUGAUGGAAAGACACUUGCUUCAACCCAUGGGGACCACACAGUGAAGAUAAUUGAUUGUCAAACGGGAACAUGUUUAAAGGUGUUGACUGAUCGUCCAAUUGCUUCAAUUGCCUUCCACGCACAAGGGGAAUUUCUGGCGGUAGCUUCAGGCCACAAGCUCUAUAUAUGGUACUACAGCAGGAGAGGUGAAGCUUCGUCACCAAUGAUUAUUCUGAGAACACGACGCUCCCUUCGUGCAGUGCAUUUCCACCCGCAUGGUGCACCAUUACUUCUAACUGCUGAGGUUAAUGAUCUCAACUCAUCGGACCCCACAAUGACAAUCGCCACCUGCGCGGGUUACUCACGCUACCCCCCACCCACCAUAUACGUCGCAGACCCCAACCCACCUUAUCAUUCAAACUCGGGAAACGAGUCGCCGUUUGUUUCAAUGCCUUUUCUAAUAUUCCCUUCACUCGGUCGAGGUGAGUCGGGUCCCACCUCACAACAGCAGGAUGUCAUCCAGCCACAGAGAGCUGAUUCCUCAACCUCUGUUCGUCUCCUCACAUACUCGACUCCUUCUGGACAGUACGAACUCGUUCUAUCCCCAAUCCAAUCUCCCGCUCGAGAAGAACCUCAAGAUAACAUCAAUAAUGAUGAUAGCAAUAACAAUAACAAUACCAAUAAUAGCUCUUUACAUAGAGAAACAGAUAAUACUUCGACCUAUCAGCCUUCUACGAAUGUCGUGGAUGGGCAAGCCGAGGAAGCAGCCAAUCAGUUCUUUCCAUUCGGUGACCCCACGCAUUGGGAGCUCCCGUUUUUGCAAGGAUGGCUUAUUGGUCAGAGCCAGGUGGGC